CAGUUUAUCAUCCACAUCCGAACUGCUUUGUUGAUUUACUUGGCUGCAAAAUGUUACGUGAACUUAUUUUAUUCUUGUGUUUAACAAAUGUAAUAGAAAGUGCGCGGAUACUUGGAGUGUUUCCAAUACCAUCCAUCAGUCACCAGGUCGUGUUCAGAUCGCUUACAACAGAAUUAGCUAAAAGAGGGCAUGAAGUUGUAGUAAUAACAACUGAUCCGGCAUUCAAAAAUGAAAAAAAAGCACCCGCCAAUUUUACAGAAAUUGAUGUACAUGAUGUUUCAUAUAAAACUUGGAACGAGAUGAUUGACUCCCUAGCAGGAGCAGCGCCGUAUACGAUGCUGACGACAGCUCUACAAAUGAUGGUCGACGUAGUAAAGGUUGAAGUUGAGACUCCUCAGGUUAAAGAAUUUAUGGCUAAAGACCAAAAGUUUGACUUGGUUAUAGCUGAAGCAUGUGUGCCAACAGCUUUAGGUUUUGCUUAUAAAUAUAAAGCUCCUGUUAUACAAAUUAGUUCAUUUUAUGGGUCAAAAAUAAAUUAUCAUUCUAUGGGUGCUCCGACACAUAUGUUUUUAUAUCCUGAGUUGUAUAGUCAAAAGUUAACAGACUUAUCAAUUUUAGAUAAAAUUCUAACAGUAAUAAUCAACUUAGUGUUAAAGUUCGCAUAUGCAAACUAUGUUGACGAUAUAAAUAGGACUCUCAAAAAAUAUUUUGGAGAUGAUACACCCAAUUUAUCUGAGUUAGAGGAUAACAUAGAUAUGCUUUUUGUAAAUACAAACCCUAUUUGGGAAGGAAACCGGCCUGUGCCCUCUAGUGUGGUGUAUUUAGGAGGACUACACAUGCAACCUGUAAAAGAUCUUCCAAAAGACCUCAAAUCUUAUCUCGACACAUCCAAGGGGGUGAUUUACGUCAGUUUCGGUACCAACUUCAACCCGUCGACUCUCGCCGAAGACAAGAUCCGUUUGUUACUCAACGUGUUCUCGAAAUUACCCUACGACGUUCUAUGCAAAUGGGAUGCCGACGAUGUACCUGGGAGACCCAGUAAUGUGAGAAUAGUUAAGUGGGUCCCGCAAAACGACUUGCUAAGGCAUCCAAAAAUAAAGCUAUUCAUCACUCAAGGAGGGAUGCAGUCAACCGACGAGGCAAUAGCUGCAGGCGUACCUUUGAUUGGUAUACCCAUAUUGGUGGAUCAGUUCUUCAAUACGGAGAAGUACAUACAACACAAGAUUGGUGAAAAGCUGAUAAUGGAGAAAUUAAGUGAAGAAGAGUUUUAUAACACAAUUAUGAGGGUUUUAGGAGAUGUUAGCUACCGUCAAAACGUCUUGAAACUCCGUACGUUAAUGGCGGACCAGCCAAUGUCGGCGCUGGAGCGCGCGGUGUGGUGGACGGAGCACGUGCUGCGGCACGGCGGCGCGCGCCAUCUGCGGGCCCCAGCAGCCAACAUGGGAUGGAAGGAGUACCUAGAAUUACCCCUUGUAGCAACCUUACUUGUCAUCCUAGUAACUACCUUAUUAAUUCUCGUCGGAACCUUGUACGUUUUGGUAAAAUUUGUUAAGAAGUUAUUUAGGAGCAAGUCGAAAAAAGAGUGA